AUGUCCUGCUCUGCGGUGACGCUCUCCAUCGCCACGGUGCUCUCCGUGGUGGCGGUUGCCUGUCUGGCGAUCGGCUUCAGCACCGACAACUGGUACGAAAUUCGGGUCGACUCCAACAAGACGCGGCUCUAUCUGCAGGACCAGCAGCGCUCCAGUGGAGACUUAUCAGCUCAUCAAACCUUACCAGCCGACUACGAGUCCAACUACCUCUACUACUCGCGCGAUGAGGGCCUCUUUCGCGUCUGCUUCGCCGAGAAGAAGCCCAAAGAAGUGCCAACGUACCUCUCGCCGACGCAGACCGAGUGCUUCAACAUUGACUACUACAUUCCGGAGAACAAGGAGUCUGACGGUUUCAGCGACAUGCGCUGGGAACGAUUGCCCGUGAUGUGCGCCGGCGCCAUGGGCCUCUGGCAUGCGGUCCAGUUUUACGACCACCACAAACUCAAGGACGAGUACUCCUACUCGGCGUGGCCUGAUGUGCUGAAACACCCCGGCGUGACCGAGUUCUACUACGGCUGGUCGUACAUCGUCGCCUGGAUCGGCAUCAGCCAGCUGCUCAUCGCCGCCAUCAUCUUCCUCUCUGCGGCGCGGUGCAUUCGCACGGAGAAGCGUUUCGAACAGGCGAAGAACAUGCAGUACCUCAUGCCCGUCUAUCCGGACAAGCGCAGUCCUUAUGGGCUCAACUACGCCUACGCCUACCCGGGACCGUACAGCACCGCCGCCUACGCCCACGCCGGAUCGCAGUACGGCAUCGGUCCGUACGCCUACUGA